CGUUUGUUCCAAAGAUCUCAAGUCGUGCAAGAUGAAGUUCCAGGUCAUUGGUUUUCUGGUGGUUGCUGUGACGUCAGCGUCAGCUCUUGGCUCCGGUCCCUAUCUGCCCAGCGGCUGGCGCCCUGAUGGACCUGCGUUCUUCUUGCCUGGCGAAGUUCAAGCUAAGACACCCGAUAAUCCUCUUAGAGACACUCUUUUCCAAGAAGCCGAGGCUGCCGGCUCAAGUUUCCUUCGAGAAUACGGCCCUCCGAAGAUCCAAGAGGUUUCACAAGAUAUAACUCAACAGGGGUUACCUGACGUGGCUACAGAACAAUCUUUCGUUGUUAUUGAAGCUAAAUUCAAUAAGGAUGUGGUCAAUGAAGACAUUAAAGACGCUGAAGGUGUAACAGAGAGAGAAGCUAUUGUUGUAACUGAAGCUGUUGCAGAACAGAGCACAACGGCUGGUGAUGUGGUUACAAGUGAGGCUCAGGUUUCUGUAGAAGAAGGAACCACAGAACAAUCGAAUGAAAAGGAGUUAAUACAAGGGAGAGCUGUUAAUUUGGAAGUCGAAGCUUCCAUUGCAGAAACAACAGACAUUACAGCUUCAGUUGUUACUGAAAGUGGUGUCAGCGAAAGCGAACAAAACGCCAACAUUGAACUAAAGAGUACAGUCGAAGAAAAUUUGCAACAGACUGAUUUAAUUCAACAAGAGAUGGUAAACAAUGAAGCACAAAGUGUUGCUGAAGUGUUGACAGGUAAAAAUGUGGAACAGAAGAUUGUAGAGGAAGUCAAGAAUGUUGCACAAGAAAUUGUUAAGAUUGAAAGCGAAAUUGUUCAGGAAGCAAAUGUUGAAGGGUCGGGAGUUAAGAGCAUACUGACAACUGGUUCCCUGGAGCAAGUUCCUGAGGGUUUUCUGGAGUACGGUCCACCCGGCUUCAGGGAAUAUGGCCCGCCUAAAGGAGACGAGCUGAAGACAGCUAUUCAGGAGAAGACAGAGUCUCAGCGGAUUGAUAACAACGAAACCAGAAGAAGACGUUAUUCCCCAAAAUUUAGGUCUGCCCGGAAACAUUAGAGCCACAGAAUUCAAAGAUUUCUAGGGCAAAAUCAAAACGUCAAAUAUAACCUGAAACGUGCAAUGUACAAAAAAUUAUGUUAAUGAAUACCAGUAUGUGUACCUAUUGUAGAAAUAAUUUUAAUAAAGGAACC